UCCCCCGUGGCCGCGGGAGCGGCGGUGGCGGCGCGGCCCCGCGGCCCGGCCCGGCCCGCACCAUGGCCAAGCACCACCGCACGCCGGCGCGCUCCGCCGAGCCCGUCAUCGAGGUCAAGAGCAAGUUUGAUGCUGAAUUUCGCCGCUUUGCCAUGAAGCGCUCUGGCGCCGGCAGCUUCCAGGACUUCUACCAGCUGCUGCAGACAGUGCACCAGAUCCCGCGGGUGGACGUGCUCCUGGGCUACACAGACAUCCACGGCGACCUCCUGCCCAUCAACAACGACGACAACUACCACAAAGCCCUGUCCUCGGCCAACCCCCUCCUCAGGGUCAUCAUCCAGAAGAAGGCAGAGUCUGAUGCCAGCGUCUUCGCCUCCAACUCCUUGCAGCGGAAGAAGAAAGGGCUGCUGCGCCCAGCACACUACCGGGCCAAGCCUCACCUCCUCAUCGGGAUGCCCCAGGACUUCCGCCAGAUCUCCUCCAUCAUCGACGUGGACAUCCUGCCCGAGACGCACCGGCGCGUGCGGCUGCACAAGCACGGCUCUGACAAACCACUGGGCUUCUACAUCCGCGACGGCGUCAGCGUGCGCGUGGCCCCGCAGGGCGUCGAGAAGGUGCCCGGCAUCUUCAUCUCCCGCCUGGUGAAGGGCGGCUUGGCUGAGAGCACGGGGCUGCUGGCGGUCAGCGACGAGAUCCUGGAGGUGAACGGCAUCGAUGUGGCUGGCAAGUCCCUGGACCAAGUGACGGACAUGAUGGUGGCCAACAGCCACAACCUCAUCAUCACCGUCAAGCCGGCCAACCAGCGCAACAACGUCAUCCGCAGCAGCAAGGCCUCGGGCAGCUCCGGCAUGUCCACGGACAGCACCCCCAGCCAGCAGACCCCCAGCCCGGCCUCGCAGUACCUGAGCAACUACAGCACGGCCGAGAGCGACGAGGAGGGCGACCUGGUCAUCGAGAGCGACAGCGCGUCCCACUACAUCCCCGGGGGCUGCCCCAACGGGGGCCCCGCGGACGGACCCCUGCAGCGGAGCCUGUCCCCGCACAGCUCGCGGGGCUCCCUGCAGUCCCUCGGCAGCCACGACGGCAGCCCUGGCAGGGGCAGCGGACGGGAGGAUGGCACCCUCCUCACCCUAUAGCCGCAGGGGCCCGUGCCACUUGGUGGCUGGCUGGGUUCCCGCUGAUCUGGGCUGGAUGUGGACACCAGGGUGAUGAUGUGGCCAUCGGGCAGGGGUGGAGAGGGGCUGCCCGUGACCCCCAGAGCCCCACUGUGGGACCCAUUCAAGCCAGGCACUGCCCCUCUGAGCGCCCUUACCUCCUCUUCCAAGCAAGCGGGGGUUUUUAAUUGUUUUAUUGAAAUAUGCAUCAUUAAUAUAUUGCAAUGGACAGUAAAACUUUUUCUAGAAAGCGCCAUGCUUGUCCCUGGUUCAUGUCACUGCAGGGAGGAGGGGGACAGCGGGUGGGUACCCCAGCCCUGUGCACAGAAGGCAGUGCCUGGGGGCGAUGGCCUUGACCUUUGCUGCUGUGCUGGGUGACCCCACUGAGACUCAUUGUGCCUUUUCCAGGACCCAUGUCCAGGCUGUUUUGGGCAGCUGCCUGGCCUGAUGGCCUGAUGCAGUCAGCCUUGCUUGGUCCCCCCUUUCCCACCUUGUCCCUGCUGCAGGGACACUCACUAAUGCAAGGGACACCUGGUCUGGCAGCAGCACCUUGGCUGUCACUCAGCCUUGCAAAUGCUGCUAGGGAUAGUGCAGCCCCAUCCUCCUUCUUCAGCCCCAAGCUCAGGGCAGGGGUGUCCACACCUGCCCCUGCUCCUCUCCUGGGGCUCCCAGCACCCUCAGUCCCUCUCACAAAAGUGCCAAGCCAAUGUGGCACUCACUGCUGCCAAGGGCUUGUGGUGGGACCUGCAGCUCUCAGGGUCUGAAAAGCCAGCACCAACUCUCCAUUCAGAGCCUCAGGCCAGGGCAGGCUGGGAGUGCAGCAAGGGCUGAGGACACUCAUGGCACACAGCCAGGGCCCAGACAGACCAGAGAGCAGAUCUGGCAGCAGGGCUGGUUAGCCCAGGCUGGUUUUGGGCAGGGAGGUGCCCAGGGGCUGUGCCCAUGGCCCCCAGUCACUCUCAUCCAGCCGGCUCAGCCUGGCUGUGGGGUUUGCCCUGAGGUGGCCCCAGGGGCACAUGGGGUGAUUUUCCAGUUGGCAUCUCACCUCCUCCAGCCCUCGAGUGCCAAAAUACUCCCCACGCCUUGGCAGCAGCGUCAGCCCUGACAUCCCAGGGCACUGCAGUGUGCCAGGUGGCACAGGCAGGGCUAGGAUACUCCACAAUAUCCCCACCCCACAAAAUCCUGCCCUGCAGAAAGGCAGCUGCUUGGGGUAUCCACACACAGCAUCCCCACCCUGUGCAGCAAAUGGGGAUGGAGCAACAGCACAAGCUGCAAGAAGGGAAAACCAGAUGGGAUUUCAGGGGAAAAAGUGUUCCCCAUGAGGCCAGCAUUGUCUGGAGACAGAGCCCCAGCAAGGUGAUGGGGAAAAGCCCCUCCCUGGAGAUUCUCCUAAUUCAGUUGGAUGUGGCUCCAAGCUGUGGCACCGUGCCCCUGCUGAGCAAAAGAUGCACCAAGCCCUCCAGCCAUCCCUUACAGCUUCUUCAUGCAGCAAGAUCCCUGCAAAGGUCUGCACAGGUUCCUGCAUGGCAUCUGAAGGUAAGGCAGCAGUGAGCUCACCUAUGUGAUGGCACCUUCCAGCCCUGUCCUGCCAGCCUGUGGAUGGAGAUCCAGCAGGAUUUUGUACAUUCUCCAGU